ACCAGUAUAGCUGUAACUGAACACCUCACAGCAGGUAGAGAGCGUAUAAAAGCCAUGACAAGAAAAACAAGUCUUGUGAAUUACUUCAAUUGAAUUCUUCUCUGAAAGAGAUAUUCUCAAGCAGAGACACGUGGAAUUGCUUUUACCUUUUGCAGGUAACAAACACAUACAGCUUACAGAUAACCAGUGACCUCACAUUGCGCCCUCACUAAAGAUGCAGUCCAGCUUCCUGUCUGUGUGGCGUCUCUGUUUCAUGGUGGUGAUGCUGGCAGGUAGCUGCUGCUGUCGAACUCUGAAGCCAACGAGAUACCCGCUCUUCACCCACAAGCCUUUCCUCCUGGCCUGGAAUGCACCCACGCAGAACUGUGAGCCCCAAUACAGGGUGCCCCUCAACCUGUCAGUGUUUGAUGUGGUGGCCUCCCCCAACGAAGGCCUAGUGGGGCAGAAGCUCACCAUCUUCUACAAAACCCGUUUGGGACUUUACCCCUAUUACACCGACAAGGGGGUUGCCAUCAACGGGGGGCUGCCCCAGCUCGCCAGCCUCAGGGAUCACCUGGCUAAGAUGCCAGAAGGGCUGGACAGAUACAUCCCAGAGCACAGAUCAGAGGGCCUGGCUGUGAUCGACUGGGAGGAGUGGAGGCCCCAGUGGGUCCGCAACUGGGGUGCCAAGGACAUUUACCGCAACGUCUCGUGCUCCAUGAUCGCCCAGAAGAACGUGCACUGGACUGCUGACCAGGUGGAGGGCGUCGCCCAGGAGGAGUUCGAAGCCUCUGCCAAGCAGUUCAUGCUGGAGACCCUGAGGACGGCCAAGAGCCUGCGGCCCAACCGGCUCUGGGGCUAUUACCUCUACCCUGACUGCUACAAUUACUACAAGAACAGCCUGAAGGACUACACUGGCCGCUGCCCCAACGUGGAGAUCAGCCGCAACGACCAGCUGGACUGGCUGUGGGAGGAGAGCACAGCCCUCUACCCCUCCAUCUACUUGGACCCCAUGCUGCGUUCCUCUGAGCAGGCACGCCAGUUUGCACGCAACCGGAUAGUGGAGGGCAUGAGGCUGGCAUCGGUGGGGCAGGGGCUGGCACGACCGGUCUUCGUCUAUGCGCAGCCCUUCUACCGCGGUGGGAUGCAGAUGAUGAGUAAGGUAAAACUUGGAGGGGCAGAGUGGGAGCUUUGCUGUGACAAAAGAGCCAUACAUACAUCAAUCGUUAAAUCCAUUUAA